AUGAGCAAUCAGGCACUUCAUGAAAAACUCGAACAAACGAGGGCGAUACUAUCCGUCAAACUGGCAGAACUGAUAAAUAUGACCGCGAUAGCGGAUAGAAACAACGACGAUGAGGAUUCGUUUACACAAGAAAACUCCGAACUCGCGAUAGCCACCACUAGUGUCAUGAUGGUGAACAAUCAGACCAUGCAACUGAUCAAAAACGUUCAAGAUUUGUUGAGCCUAACCAGAUCAAUAAAGGAAAAGUGGCUACUGAACCAAAUACCUGUGAUGGAACAUUCAGAGGAGCCUCGUUUCGAUGAGGAGCGGAUAGGACAGUUAUUGGAUAAUUGUAUAGAAACGUUUAUAGCGGAACAGACUACAUGA